AAAAUGGCUGACUAUGGAAAGAAGAAAUCAUUAGUCAACGGCGUUUUUAUUAAAUAAUUAUAACAAAGUUACAUUUAUGGUGUUAGAAUAUAUUGUUUACGUUAAUUAGAUUUUAAGGAUGAGUUUUUUAGUUAAGAAAACCGGCGGAAGAAUGUGGCAUGAAGCUCGUAAACAAGAAAAAAAAAUUCGCGGUAUGCUCGUUGAUUACCGAAGACGAGCUGAACGACGGAGAGACUAUUAUGAAAAAAUCAAAUCCGAUCCAACACAAUUUCUUCAAUUACAUGGAAGACCAUGUAAAAUACAUUUAGAUGCAGCAGUUGCUGCAGCUGGAGACAGUCCAGCAAAUAUGAUGCCAUGGCAAGGACAUGAGGACAAUUUGAUCGAUAGAUUUGACGUAAGAGCACAUCUCGACUGGAUUCCAGAGCCACCGAACAAUAUUGAUGUUGAUAUACCAUUGACAAGUGAAGAUAGACAUAUCAAUUACGAAAGAUAUCGAAUUAUUGUUCAAAAUGAAUUUUUAGGAGUAAGUGAAGAAAAAUUUCUACAUCAAAUCCAUUUAGAAGAACAAUUUGGUUCUUCAACUAAACCAGAUUAUGCAAAAGAGAAAAAAAAAUCAAGUAAUAAUGCAGCUAUUGGAUAUAAUUAUGAAACAGAUGAGCCAAUUUCAGAAUCUGUUAAGUCAGAUUUUCAUUCUGCCGAUGACAAGGGUGAAGAUGAAGAUAGUGAUAUUGAUUUAGAUAUUUGUGUUGAUGUAUCACAAAUUGAACCAUCACAAGCACAUGAAAUGAAUCAAGUUGCACAAAAAUAUGGUUUAAUAGGAGCAGAUUAUUUCAGUUUUUUAACGCAAGAUUUUGAGGAAGCAGAAACUUUAAGACAAGCACGGAAACAAGAAGAAGAGAAGGCAAUGUACUCAGGAAGACGGUCGCGAAGAGAAAGAAGAGCUUUUCGUGAAAAAAAAAUGAUUGGUCGAAUAAUGAGUCCACCAAGUUAUGCAGCUCGGGAAAGUCCAGAAUAUAAUCCUUACAGAAAAUCUUCCUCAAAAUCUCGUUCACGAUCAGCUUCUCCUGUUAAUGCCGGUCAAAUUACUUAUAUUACUAGUUUUGGUGGAGAGGAAGAUACUUUUGCUAGUUCUUCCCAAGUAACAUCUUCAAGUACAAAAAAAAUGAAUUAUUCUCAUUUAAGAAAAAAAGGAUCUGACAGUCCACCAUUCAAUGAAAGAGUAAUUAAUAGAAGAUCAUUGAAAUCUAGAUCACGAAGCCGAUCAGCUUCAAGAAAUAGAUCUAGAACUUAUAGAUCAAGAGAUAAGAAACGAAGUCCAUCUCGAUCGAGGUCACGGAGACAUCGAUCAAGGCCUCGAAAAUUCGGACGAUCAAGAUCAAGGAGUCGUUCACGUCGUAAUCGAAUGAGACAUCAUAGAAGUACGAGCUCAUCACGAUCUGUUUCUCGCUCGCGAACCAGGUCACGUUCACGACUAAAGCGAUCAUCGUCCUCCAAAAGUUAUUCACGUUCGAGAUCGAGGUCAAAGUCACACAGCCGUUCAUCAGCUAAUUAUCGUAAAACGCGUUACUCCAAAUCAAAGUCGAGGUCAAGGUCGCGUUCUCGUUCAAGGUCUAAAUCACCUUCGAAAUCUAGGUCUAGGUCGAAGAGUCGAAACAGCGUGGGUAAACGAUCAAAAAGUGUGGAGAAUAAAAAUACUUCUACUUUGCCAAGGUAUUAUGGUCGUCGUGGAAAGUCUUCUAGUUUAGAAUUGGAAUUAUCGGAUGAUGAGGAGAAAAAUGCUCAAAACAAUACUCCUAAAACUUCGAAUACUAGUUUGAACAUGAACAAGCCAAAAGCAGGGUUAAGUACGAAUUCUGGUGGCGGACACAAAUCGACCAAAAUUACACCCCAAGAGCGACUUAAAAAAAAGACUCAAGCCUUAUUGAAUCGUCAAUAUAAAGCCGAUAAAAAGGCUGAACAAGCCCGAAUAGAAAAAAUGGAGCAGCAACAGCAAGAUCGAGAAGAUGAAAUUCGAGAAAUGUCGCUGAAACUUCGUCGAAAGCAAAGAGAAAGAAGACAUCGCUAUGAAGGUCAUAGUUCUGAGUCUCGUUCAACUAUGUCAAGAUCGCCAAGUCCUGGAGGAAGAAGUCCUAGGCAUUCGAUAAAUCGAAGAGACAGAAGAGAUAGAGAUAUGAAUAUGGAUAUUGAUAGGGAAAGAGAAAGACGAGAUAGGGAUCAAAAAGAUAGACAAGAAUCAAGAAGAAGAUAUAGAGAUCCUUCACCACGAUCUUUGAGUCCUCAAAAUAAUCGGAGAUUCCAAUUAAAAAUCAGUAUUAGAUGUAGCGUAGUCGAUAGGAUGUCGAUUUCAAUUGGUAUUUUAACAAUUAGUGAUACAUGUUGUAAGGAUGCAUCUAAAGAUAAAAGUGGACCAGAGUUGGAACGUUUAAUUACAACAUCUGAUAAUAAUAUAGGUAUAGCGAUCAAAGGAGCUGUACUAAAAAAAAAAAUUGUAUCUGAUGAUGAAGAACAAAUCAAGAAAACUUUAAUAAAAUGGUCAGAUAAAUUGAAAAUUAACGUAAUUAUCACAACCGGAGGAACUGGUUUUUCUAAAAGAGAUGUUACUCCAGAAGCUACUCGAAAAGUUAUUAAAAAAGAAGCUUUAGGACUUUCAUUAGCUAUGAUUAAUGAAAGUCUUAAAACCACAUCAACUGCUAUUCUAUCGAGAUCAGUAUGUGGAAUCAGGGAUGAAAGUUUAAUUAUCAAUUUACCUGGGUCAGUUAAAGCAGCUAGAGAAUGUUUAGAAGCAAUUGCUUCAGUAAUUCCUCAUGCAGUGGACUUAAUUCUUGACAAUAAGUCACAUGUAACUCAAGCUCAUUCUGAUAUCCAAAGAUCAAGUUAUAGACAUGGAGAUGAUCUCAACACUUCUUUUACUAUGGGUGGUGUUGCUAGCCGGCUUCGUAGUUCGCCAUAUCCAAUGGUAUCGAUGGAUGAAGUAGCAAAAAUAAUUUUUAACGAAGUAACUCCUUUAUAUGGAUAUGACACUGUUAAACUGGGAGAUUGCCAUGGAAGAAUUCUUUUUGAUGAUGUUCACUCUCUCUGUAAUUUACCGCCUUUUCGAGCAUCAAUCAAAGAUGGUUAUGCAGUAAUAGCAGAUGAUAAAAGUACUCAAAAAACUGUACUAGGUGGAUCAGAAGCUGGUCAAAUGCCAAGUUCUAUGAAGCUAACUAAAGGUUGCUGUGUAAGAGUUAAUACUGGAGCUCCAGUUCCUGAUGAAGCAACAGCUGUUGUACAAGUGGAAGAUACAAAACUUAUUUCUAAAAAUGAUGAUGAUUCAGAAAAGGAAAUUGAAAUUCUAAACCAACCAACAGAAGGUCAGGAUAUUAGACCCAUUGGAAGUGAUAUUCGAAAAGACGAAAGAGUUAUGCUACGUCGUACAAAAAUUGGAGCUGCGGAAGCUGGAAUAUUAGCAGCUUGCGGGUAUGCUGCAGUUUCAGUGACUCGAGUUCCUAAAAUCGGAGUUUUAUCUACUGGAAAUGAACUACAACCAGCAGGCGAUAGUCCAAAACUAGGACGCGUUUAUGAUAGUAAUAAAAUUACUUUGAUUAUGUUACUUAAAGAGUAUGGCUUCGAUGCAGUAGGAGUAGGAAUUGCUAAAGACGAAGAAAAUGUCUUGAUUAAUGCUAUCUCCAAUGCUCUUAAGGUGGUUGAUGUAUUGAUAACUACAGGCUCUGUGUCAAUGGGCGACAAAGAUAUGUUGAAACCAAUCUUAAGUGAAGUAUUUAAAGCUAAAAUACAUUUCGGGCGUGUGAAUAUGAAGCCUGGAAAGCCAACAACAUUUGCAACUUGUGAGUUUGACGGAAAAGCCAAGUAUAUUUUGUGUUUACCGGGUAACCCAGUCUCAGCAACUGUUACUGCUCAUCUAUUUGCUAUUCCUAUUUUAAAUCGAUUGACUGAUGAUCAUACAAAACCUAUAAUCAUUCGCGCUCGUUUAACGAGUUCAUAUAAAUUGGAUCCUCGGCCUGAAUACGCAAGAGUCAUUUUACAGUGGGACAAUGAUGAUAUUCCGAAUGCUUAUAGUACUGGCAAUCAAAUUAGUAGUAGAUUAUUGAGUUGCAAAAAUGCCAAUGCUCUGUUGAUGUUACCUGGACGUACUGCUGAUUGUAAUGAAAAAAGAAAAGGUGAUAUAGUUCAAGCGAUGCUCUUGGGUUUUGGUCAAAUUGAAAUUUGAAUUGGGGAUCAAGAAAUUUAUUACUUUCGAUAAAAAAAAUCUGAAAUGUAUUAUUUUCAAAGCACAAAUAAACUUUUUUUACUUAAAAAAAAAAA